UUGCAGGCAGCUGUAGCUAUUUCUUUUGUUUUUGCUCGGGCUCUGUAGCUCGCUUGCCGUCCCAUGCCACAAAGUUUGGCCGGCCGGAGGCGGGUUCGUGUUCAGGUCUGGGUGUGACCCCUCUGCUCGAGUGACCCCUGCGAAGAUGUCAUCCCCUGAACACCUUAAUAAGUUUGUGAAACUCUCGGGGAGGCCAUCCAACCGCGACUCAGGUGCCAAGAAAAUAUGGCUUCAAGCUCGACGUAUUUUUUCCCCUACCUGGCCCAGCCUGCGGAUCCCCAACAGGUUUCUGGGAGAAGGUCACUGCGUACCACCUGCCCGCAGCGGUCACCGCUGCGUCGCAGACAGCACCAACCUGUACGUGUUCGGAGGCUACAAUCCAGACUUUGAAGAGGCAGGCGGCUCCGAAAACGAAGACUACCCUCUUUUCAGGGAGCUUUGGCGCUUUCAUUUUGCCUCGGCCACCUGGCAGCAGGUCAACACGGAGGGCUACAUGCCCACAGAGCUGGCAUCCAUGUCGGCUGUCCUGCAUGGGAACAACCUGCUUGUGUUUGGUGGCACUGGGAUUCCUUUUGGUGAAAACAACGGCAAUGACGUCCACGUCUGCAAUGUUCAGUAUAGACAGUGGAACCUGCUCAGCUGCAGAGGAAAGAAACCCAACAAAAUCUACGGGCAGGCGAUGGUACUCAUAAAAGGCUACCUCUACGUGUUCGGAGGGACAACCGGCUACUUGUACAGCACCGACCUGCACAGGUUGGACCUGAGCACCAGAGAGUGGACACACCUCAAACCCAACAACACGCCGUUGGAUCUGCCUGAUGAGAGGUACAGGCAUGAACUGGCUCACGACGGACAGAAAAUUUACGUCUUUGGAGGAGGGACUUCAUGGACUUCGUGUCCACUGGACAAAAUUCACGCAUAUAAUUUGGAGACCAACUACUGGGAGCAAAUAGUUACGAAACCCCAUAAAAAUAUAGGAUAUCCUGGUGCUCGCCGAUGUCACAGCUGUGUGCAGAUCAAAGACGAGGUGUUUAUAUGCGGGGGCUACAACGGCGAGCUGAUCCUGUCCGACUUGUGGAAGAUCAACCUGCAGACUUUCCAGUGGACAAAGCUCCCUGCCGUCAUGCCAGAGCCAGCCUAUUUUCACUGUGCCGCUGUCACUCCGGCCGGCUGUAUGUAUGUCCACGGUGGCGUCGUAAACAUGUCUGGGAACCAGAGGACGUCGUCGCUGUAUAAAGUGUGGCUGGUGGUGCCCAGUUUGCUUGAACUGACCUGGGAGAAACUGCUGAAGGAGUUUCCUCACUUAAUGCAGCUGUCCACCCUUCAGCUGCUCAGCCUGGGACUGACACACACUUUCAUUCAGAGGCUAAAAUAGUGAGCACAGUGACUGUUGUGGGGCAGCAGGGAUGCUCAAGUCGGUGGUAAGUGGCUCGAGACAUCUUGAUGAUUUUAGAUAGGAAAGUACUUGGAAUGUCUUUUUAUACAACUUUUUUUUUUCUUUCUUUUUACGUGCAAUUUAUUUUUUUCUUCCCACAUUUGAUUUUCACAUGGUGACUGACUUUGGAUUCAAUGCAUUUCACAUAUGUUUUUUUAAAAUCUGUUAUUUAAAUUGUACAUGCUGGUCCUUGAAAGAUCGCCCGUUGAAGGCCAAAACAAAAGAUGCUCAGGAAGUGGAGUUUUAGCUUAUGGCCGGGUUGUUUCGGCAUUGCUGAGGAAAUGACACUGCACCGUCGUCUGCCUCGACUCUGAGAGGCUGAGGAAAACGGUACUCCAUGUUCAAACGGAUCGAGUCUGGGCUUGAUAAUGGACUCGUCUCAAAGCAGGAAAAAAAAAAAUCUGAUGCUGAGGAGGCGCGGCCAUGUGACUGAAACUUAUCAGGCCUUUCACAUCAGAUAUUUAAUCCCAUUUCUGCUUUUAGGAUGUCACAGUCCACGUCUUAGAAUAGUUUGGGUGUCUAUAUAGACAGAAUGAAACUUCCUUCACUAGUGACAUUAGGCUCUUGACCAGAUGAAAACCCUGAAGCCUCAUUCACACUCAUGUGACUCACUGUGAAACUUCUCGUGCCUCCGUGAUUAUUUUCCUCGGCUAUUAAUUUAGAAACUUCAAAGUCCACCGAUUCAAAGGCUUUAUUUCCCUUUCUUCAUGGGGUGCCUUCUGUAAAAAAAUAAUUUCUAUCAUUCCUCUUUGAGCGCGUUUCACCUGGUGCUCCCCAGAUGAGCCUGUUGAGCCUGUCUGUUCAUAAGUUCUCAGCAGGUACUCGUUCAAACUCUACAUCCCCUCAGAUACAUUUUUAUUUAAAAGGGGUGAGCUGCUUAUUUAAUGAUGAACUUUUUGAAAUGUACCUGGAGAUGUUGUAGCUGUGUUUUUAAUCUCUUUAUUAGUAUGAUUUAAUUGUCACACCAGUUGCCACCGUAUACUUUAAUGGCCUUUUAACCUCCUUUUUUUUUUUUUUUUUUUAAUUCUAUGUACAAUAAACACAUGAACUUUUUUUUUUCUUCUUUUUAGCCAGGGGUGCUUUAUUUCACCAGAGAAUUUGGUAGUUGGUGAGAACUUUUUUUUUGUUUUUUGUUUUUAAAUGAUUAUUCGCUGUGCUCAAUAUGUAAUUUGAAUUUCUGUGAGGUGACUUCUGAAGAGCUAGCAGACACCCAUCACUGUCAAAAUGUCGGUAUGCUCAAAUAUUUGUGGAGCCAAAUUAAGGCAUGCUUGCAGUCCUUCAGCAGACUUUGCAGGUUGUCAUGUUAAAUACUGUGCUGUUUCAAACCCACUUUCACCUUUUGACAGCUGUUAUAUCAGCCUUACUUGAAGAAUUUUGGUUCACAUAAAUGUAACUGUGUGCUCUGUCUGUAUCAGUAGGUGUACUUCAGAGGCCUUUUUCACCUUCAUCUGUAUUGUGACGCUGUCUUAAGAUUUACAUGGACUGACAUCACUUUUGACCUUAACAGAAGAAAAUCCUGUGCAUGCCUCUUUAUGUGAAUUCUUGAGGGAAGAGCUGAAUGUGUCUUUUAAGGCAAAACCGACUGACUUAUGUUUUCUGUCUGUUCAAACAAUAAAAAAAUGGCAGCU